CAGCAAAACGUCGAUACGAUGUCGCAGCCCCCCUUUACGGCGACUGUGUUCCAGCUCCGUUGAGCUUGCUGCCUCGCUGGAAAAUAUUGUUGUUCCCGAGGACGUUUUGCGACUGCACUCACGAAGCUAGUUCAAAAUGGGUAACGAAAGUUCGCUGCCUAUGGAACUCUGUUCGAACUUCGACGUAGAUGAAAUCAGAAGAUUGGGAAAGAGAUUUCGGAAGCUAGACUUGGAUAACAGUGGAGCACUCAGUAUCGAUGAGUUUAUGUCCCUGCCCGAGCUGCAACAGAACCCAUUGGUGCAGCGUGUCAUCGACAUAUUCGAUGCAGAUGGCAAUGGGGAGGUAGAUUUCAAGGAGUUUAUUCACGGAGUGUCUCAGUUCAGCGUUAAGGGAGACAAGGAGAGUAAAUUACGAUUUGCAUUUAGAAUUUACGAUAUGGAUAACGAUGGUUAUAUAAGCAACGGGGAGCUUUACCAAGUACUAAAAAUGAUGGUAGGCAAUAACUUGAAGGAUACGCAAUUGCAGCAAAUUGUCGAUAAAACAAUACUGUUUGCCGACAAGGACGAGGAUGGCAGGAUUAGCUUUGAAGAAUUUUGUUCUGUUGUUGGCAAUACAGAUAUUCAUAAGAAAAUGGUAGUUGACGUUUAAGUGACCAAAGUUUGUGAAAAACUCUUAAUUUAUAAAAUGUGGUAUGUUAUUAAUUGAAAUCUAUAAAAUUAAUAAUCUAUUAACAACAGAUUUAUGGGAUAGUUCUAACAGAGAUCCGUUUAGAGUGAAACUCACACAAUUAUUGUUCUUAAGCCUUUGAUCAUUACAAGUCUAUCCAAAUGGAAAACUUUCACGAUAUGCCAGACUAGUAACAGCAUGGCACGCGAACGUUUAGAUCAAUGUGAUACCGUCAUUUUGGUGUCGUUAAAGAUAUUACGGAAUGAAUCAAAUUAUAACUUGUGUGUUCCAUUAAAAAUAAAGAUCGUUAACGAUCUUAAUUAACAACCUUUAACUGAGAGUUAUCUUAAGUUUAAUACUGCAUAGUUUCCAAGAUUUUCUUUGAAGAUCUUUGUGGGAAAAGUUAAAGUCUUCUCAAGCGCCUGUCGAAAAAAAACUUCAAACAUAAAUGCACUUCGUUCCUUUUACUAAUUCUCGGUGGCAAAGCACGAAAGUAAAAUCAAAUCUCGCAUUAUCGAUACGACCACCAUGCCAUAAGAAACCUAUCAUAUUUCCGUCGUUGUUCGAAAAGUAAUUGUUAACAUUUAUCUUUAAUGACAUUUAAUAUCGUUAAAGGUAUCGUUCGGUAGAGAGCCUCGGCGAGUUCUUAAGGACAUUUAGACUAAUAUCUUAAUAUAUUAAUAUUCAAAUGUAUUAAUAUAUUGACAUUUUAGAAAAGUUGUCGACAUUUAGAUAAGCCAACUAUUAAGAUGUAUUAUGUUUAUAAUAAAUAAUCACGAAUUGUGCAUUCGGAGGAUACAGCGAGAUAGAUUUUGCGGACAUAUACAGAAUAUUAAUUAUUAAGCUAAGAGAGUCUCUACUUGGGUUUUCCUUUGCGUGUAUAAACUGUGUAUCGCGACAUUGGUUGUCAAUUUACAAUUUUCGAAUGUACGAUUUUAUUUAUUUAUUUAGAUAUUUAUUUAUUACAAAAUGAUUAGUCAGAAACAUAAUUUAUCAUCUUGAUAUACAUUAAGAUAUUUAUAAUGCAAAUAAGUUUACUUUAUCAUUGUUAAUUAUUUCUAUGUAUACUUACAUGUUACAUGGUCUUAUCAUGUCUAAUUAAAGUUUAAAAUUGUGAAAUAUAUUAAGAUUAAUCUACUAUAAA